AUGGUUGUCGCGGCAGUGGUGAGUUUUGAAUUGAAUUGGAAAACGAUGAGCCUUCCCGCCUUCUCAGCCAAUCCAACCACCACUCAACAACUCCCUCCACCGCCGCCACCGCAACAUUUCCUGUCGAGCCCGACCAGUACGAGUCCAACAAAUUCCCACCACAGGAAAAGCACCCAAUGCAUUAAAAUUAAUAUUGCUCUUGAACCCACCACAGCCUCCUGGACCUCAUCAAUAGCCCACCACUGCAAGAAUGGCCAUUUAUCAAAAGCAACCUCUGAGUUCACACGAAUGCGGCUCUGCGGCGUCGAGCCCAAUGACAUAACUUUCGUCACUCUUUUUUCUGGUUGUGCCCGUUUUCCAUCCCAACAAGCUCGAACUUUAGGUCCUUCGCUUCACGGGUAUGCUCGAAAACUUGGGAUGGAUACUCACAAUGUGAUGGUAGGCACAACUGUGGUUGACAUGUACUCGAAGUUUGGUGAGUUGGGUCGUGCAAGGUUGAGUUUUGAUUAUAUGGGUGCUAAGAAUAAGGGGAGGAUGGAGCUAGAAGGGUUGGAUUUAGAGUUGUGGUUGGGGAUGGUGGUUGGCAUUGGCAGUGGUGGCAGAGAUGGGGCAAUGACACAGUAG